AGCGCCCUGCUGGGCUGCACAGCGAUCGUGCCGCGCCGGGCGAGAAGGAGAACGACGAACAUUGCCGUGCUCGCCUGCACAGCGAUCGUGCCACGCCGGGAGAGAAGGAGAACGACGAACAUUGCCGUGCUCGCCUGCACAGCGAUCAGAGCGCCCCGGGCGAGAACGAGAAUGAACCGCGCCCGGCUGCCCGGCGAUCGGAGCGCCCUGGGCUUUCUUCCUACGCUCCUCUCAUUGGCCGGAGCUGGUCAGCGCGUCAUGUUGCACCCGCCCCCGUGUGCCUGAAAUGCCCCGGCACCGAAACGCAGGUGUGCGAACGCGGGGAAUCGGCGGCGGAGAAGAAGGAAAAGGAGAAAGAGGAGGAGAAGAAGGAGGAGAGCGCGUGUUGUCCAGGCGCAGCAAUGCCUCAGGUUCAAGAUGGGGCUUGUCCCGGUCAGGAAGGUGCCUCUUCUAACUGGAAUGGUGAGAAUGCAGAGGAGUCCCUGAGUCUCCGGGAUGGAACAGAAAAAAGGAAUAUACAAAAAACGAUCCUUGGGAAAUGUCAGGCUCUAGGCAAUUGGUUCAGAUCCUGCCGAGGGCUGACUGUGCUCCUGUGUGUGAUCCUGGUUUUAGUGGUGGCUGUGAUUGUGCUGGCAGUUGCACUUAAGUUUUCACAGCGUGUGGCUUGUCCUGAGGCCUGGGAGCAGCACAACAGCGUCUGUUACUACCUCUUGAGGGAUUGGAGGACCUGGGAGCAGGCUCAGAAUCGAUGCUCCAAGCUCGGGGCCUCCCUGGCCGUGCUCAGUGACAAGGAAAUGGACCACCUCCUCUCUCCCUCCCCGGACCACGUCUUCCGCCUCACAGGCAACCUGGAUUACUGGCUCGGGCUGCGGAGAUGGGGCGAGAGGUUUCAGUGGGUGGACAGCAGCAGCUACAACUCCUCAGUCCCCGUCCUCGGUGACUCAGAGUGUGUGUACCUGGGCCACCGGCGCUUCAGGAGCGGGCUCUGCUCAGCUCAGCGGCCUUACCUCUGCAACAGACCCCAGGAUCACCUGGAAUAAACGGUGGGAAGGGGACCUUCUCCAUCCUGAAGACUCAACAGCUUUGCAUCUUCUCCCAGCACACCUCAGCUCUCCACCGGCCUUGCAGUUGUUUAUCUGCAUCACCUCAGAGUUUGGUGCCACGGAUACCUCAGUGCAACCCCUCAGGGUCACCUCAGUGCCUGGUCUGAAGGGGAUGAGCCUGCAGGGAGGGGACAUGAUGUGGAAGCUGCUGUGUGGCUGCCUGAACUGGGGGCUCUGGGUUUCUUUCUCCUUCUAGAACCAUCCCAGAACUCAUCCUGCUUCUCUAACAGUCCACAGUUGUACCCUAACCCUAACAUUUCAGCCUCACCCCCUAAAAACCUCAAUCAGAGGCUUUUUGAGUUAAUUUAAUAAAUUAAUUUGAUUAAUUUAAUAA